AUGGCUGCCAACAUCCUCGACCUUCCCCGUAACUUCUCCCUCUACGCCAUCCCAGCGGCGUGGAUCCUCUCCAUCGCCCCGCACUUCUACGCCGCCUCGCUCGGGAAAUUCGACAACAAGAACCCGCGCACGUACACGCGCGAGACGGAGAGCGACCAGAGCAUCGACAAGGCGACCAAAGCGAAGAUCAUCCGCGCCGAGGGCGCGCAGCAGAACGGCUUCGAGAACAUCGGGCUGUUCGCUGCGGCCGUCGUCAUCGGCAAUGUGGCGAAGCUGGAUAACUCGACCUUGAACACGCUGGCUGGAGCGUACUUGGCCAGCAGGGUUGCGUACAACGGGCUGUACAUUGCGGGGACGACGGAUAUGCUUUCAAACCUCAGGAGUGUAAGCUUUCUGACUGGUGUUGGCAUCAUCUUCACUUUCUUCAUUAAGAGUGGUAAUGUCCUUAAGAACCAGUUGUAA